AGACAAAGGGAGGGCGUCUACAAUAACUUUUACUGUAAAGUAGUACUGUAUGCCUCUAUUUCAGAAGGGAUGCCAAAACAUGUAGAAGUACAGGCAGUACGUACGGGUGAACCAGCAUCGAUUGAUAAGUUUGGGUUUUACGUUGUGAAUGAUACCACAACAGAGGCGCCAGCCAAUCUGACGACUUCUGAAGAGGGAAUGCUUAAGAGGGAAGAGGAAUUCUGGACAAGUCGUAUUUGUUGCUACCUGCGACUCUCCUUGGAAUUACAUAAAUGUGAAGAAGAAUUGAAUAAUAAUAAUAACAGUAAUAGUAACAGUAAUAGUAGUGAUAAUAGUAAUGAUAGUAGGUUUAUAGAGGUGAUGACACUCCGGCAAGCGCAGCAGCGCGUUGGGAAACAAAUGCGACGUCAUAUUAGACUUUAUAAUGGUGUACUGCAUGCAACUCUACGACGGUUAGUUUGGGGUUUUUUUACUGGAUCACUACAGCGUCCAGCGAGUGUUAUUCAAUCUCAUCAUGCAAGGUAUAUUUCCCUUGCUGAUAUGCCUGUAGACCGGAGUGUCUCUGAUGUUAUUCGGUGUGAUCUCAGCCGUACAUUUCCAACACAUUGUCUUUUUGUUGGUGACGGUUCUGUUGGACAGGUGGAAUUGCGGCGUAUUCUCUCUGCCUUCAGUCAACUUGACCCGGCGGUGGGAUAUUGUCAGGGAAUGGCAUUUAUUGCGGCUACACUUCUCCUACACGCACCAGAGGAGGAAGCUUUUUGGAUGCUUAUACAUCUUUCUUUUUCACCAUUGUUUAGAAUGCGAGAAUUGUUUCUACCUGGUUUUCCACUACUGCAGGUAUUCUUCGCCAUCCUGCAUCGAUUGAUUGAGCGUCUGUUACCGUCACUUCACCGGCAUUUUUUAGAGACUGGAGUAGAAGCUGUUCUCUUUGCUUCUCAGUGGUUUCUUACCCUUUAUACAUAUCAAUUUCCUAUCGAUUUUACAUCUCGCUUGUGGGAUCUCUUCUUUGCGGAGGGUUGGCGGAUUAUGUUUAUGGCGGCCAUUGCCAUUUUACAGGGAGAGAAGGAACAACUCAUGUUGCUUGACAUGGAGGAGACACUGCUGUGGCUGAAGGACUGUCACGAUGGGAAGUCCACAGAGGAGAUGUUGCGCCGUGUGCGUAAUGUGCCGUUGACAGAAGAAGAAUUCACUUCUUUAUGGCGUGCUGAAGAAGAAGGGAGAGAAGAGAGAUAA